AUGUCCUCCGCGCUUGAAGCCCGCUUGAGAAAAUUGUUCAAGGCGCCGCGCAAGGGUGAGUCCUUUGAAUUGCGUACUGGCCUAGUCAGCCAGUACGCGUACGAACGCAAGGACGCGAUCCAGCGCGUGAUUGCGGCAAUGACCGUAGGAAAGGACGUCAGCGCCUUGUUCCCGGACGUUUUGAAGAAUAUUGCCACCCACGACAUCGAGCAAAAGAAGCUCGUGUACCUCUACCUCAUGAACUACGCCAAGACCAACCCGGAGUUGUGCAUUCUCGCGGUCAACACGUUCGUCCAGGACACCGAGGACCCCAACCCGUUGGUGCGCGCGCUCGCCAUUCGCACCAUGGGCUGCAUCCGCGUCGACAAAAUGGUCGACUACAUGGAUAUUCCGUUGAAACGCACGUUGAAGGACGACAAUCCGUACGUCCGCAAGACCGGGGCGAUCUGUGUGGCAAAAUUGUUCGACUUGAACCCAGAAAUGUGUGUGGAGCAGGGCUUCUUGCAGGCGUUGCAAGACCUCGUGGCGGACCCCAAUCCGAUGGUUGUGGCGAACGCGGUGUCGGCGUUGGCGGAGAUCCAGGAGUCGGACCCUUCCACGCAGUGCUUUCAGAUCACCUCCAAGGUGUUGAAGAAGUUGCUUCUCGCGUUGAACGAGUGCACCGAGUGGGGGCGCGUCACUAUCUUGUCCGCCUUGUCCGAGUACGAAUCGGUUGACCAGGCGGAGGCCCACCACAUCAUCGAACGGGUGGUUCCCCAGUUGCAGCACGUGAACACCGCGGUGGUGCUCGCGGGGAUCAAAACGGUGAUUUCCCACAUAGAAAAGCUCUCAUCCACCGAGUACGAGAUGUACCUCAAGAAGUUGUCGUCGCCUCUUGUGGCGUUGAUGUCAACGUCGCCGGAAGCGCAAUACGUGGGGAUCCGCAACAUCCGCGUGAUUCUCGAAAAGUAUCCACAGUUGCUCUCACGUGAGUUGCGCGUAUUCUACGUAAAGUACAGCGACCCGUUGUAUCUCAAGUUGGAGAAGUUGGAGAUCAUGGUCCGUCUUGCGAACGACAAGAACGCGCCGUUGUUGUUGUCAGAAUUGAAGGAGUACGCCAUGGAGGUGGAUGCCGACCUUGUCAAGCGCGCAGUGUCUGCCAUCGCCCAGGUGGCCAUCAAGCUACCAGACCACGCAAUGAAGGCCGUGGAGUUGUUGAACUUUUUGGUCAACCAGCGUGGCGACUAUGUCGUGGCAGAGGCUGUCAAGGUCUUCCGCGACCUCUUGAGGCGCUACAAGACCACUGAAUAUGUGGAUGCCAUCGUUCCGGUGGUCAGUGCCAACUGGGAGAGCUUGGAUGACGCAGAAGCCACAGCUGCAUACAUCUGGAUCUUGGGCGAAUACCCCCAGAAGUUCACCCGGUUGGACCGCCACUUGCAGAAGUUGGCGGAGGGCUUCUUAGAGGAGACAUCCGUGGUCCAGCUCGCGACGUUGAAUGCCAUUGUCAAAACCAACUUGCGGGCUCCGACGGCCAAUUCCGGCAACUACUUGCAGUCUAUUUUGAACUGCGCCACUAGCGACGUAGAAAACGCCGACGUCAGAGACAAGGCAUACCUCUACUGGCGGCUUUUGUCGUCCGACUCCGGCCUCGCGGCCAAGGUGCUCCUUAACACGGAGUUGCCGCCGAUUCCAUCCACUAUCGCCCUGUUUACGCCCGCGUUGUUGGCCGAGUUAGUUAGCGAGUUGGGCACUUUAGCCUCGGUCUACCACAAGCCGUCCUACACCUUUACUAGUCUGAUUGCCAAGGCCAAGAUCUUGCGUGCCGAUAACAUCGAAGAGAUCGAGCGGUUGGCGAAGCGUGAGAUCGUCGCCAACGCCAAGUCUGAAAACUUGUUGGACUUUGGCGACGACGAAGAGAUUGCAGCCCCGGUUGCUUCCUCUCUCGACGAAUUGAGCGAUGUGUUUGGCUCCUCCUCCCAGGCGCCUCUGGCCAACAGCGAUAUCUUGGGUUUGUUUGGAAGCUCCGGCGUUGACAGCGGCAUGAACUCCCAAGCUGCCGAUAUUUAA